UUUUCAGAAUCAUACAUGUAUUAGACAAGCAAUUCUGUUAAAAUUACAAAGCAUUAUUAUAUUUGGGGGUAAAAAACGUAAUGUAUUAGAGUGGCUAUAAAUAAAUGGAAAUAAGAGGAAAGAUUAAUUUAAUCAACAUGGCCAUUUCUCAUAUUUUACAUUCGAUUUUUAAACUAAUAUCGUACACUUACAUUAGUGCUGCACAGAGCUGGGGCUCACUUAAGCCCACUGCACUGAUCUCUCGCCUUCUAGAUGGAUUUUGUACACAGGUUCAAAAGUACGGCGGCUCUGAAGCGUCAAUUACAGCCUGAUGCUGUCGCGCUGCAGCAGAGAGCUCGCGCGCUGCUCACUCUCUCACAUAGCGCGAGCUGCUGCGGACCCACUUUAUUCUAACGACAGAAGAGCAAAUAUGGCACAUGCAUGAAUGUUAUUGGACUCAUCAGAAGAGCAACCCAAGACAGCAUGGGCCCUUCAGACCCAGCUAAUGUCACCAGUGAUAUUCCCAAUGAGGAAAAAGAAUAUACUGACUGGUACCAGAACAGCCUGGGAAACUACAGCAUGGGUUCUCAUAAGCCUGUCUUUGUGGAUGACAUUACCAAGCACCUAAGUGUUCAGAUAGCCCUUAUAACUGCUUAUUCUCUUAUAAUCAUCCUGGGCCUGGUUGGUAAUACAUUAGUUAUUUAUAUGAUUAUUAUAUACAAAAACAUGCGUACCGUAACUAACUACUUCAUUGCCAACCUUGCUUUAGCUGACCUCAUGGUGGACACCAUGUGCUUACCCUUCACCUUGGCAUACACUCUGCUGGAUGAGUGGAAGUUUGGGGCAGUGAUGUGUCACAUGGUGCCUUAUGCCCAAGCUCUCAGUGUCCAUGUGUCCAUUCUGACACUGACUGUGAUCGCUCUAGAGCGCUAUAGGUGCAUCGUGUUUCACAUGGGCCAGCGUCUCUCCAGAUGUGCAAGUUUCGUUAUCAUCAGUCUAACAUGGUCUUUCUCGGCCAUCCUUGCUGGACCUUUAGCUAUCUUUCGGGAGUACCGUUAUGAGGAGAUUGCCUACAUUAACUUACGGAUUGCUGUAUGCUCUGAGAAAUGGCCCCAUGGCACUAACCGAGAUGCCAUCAUCUACAGCUUCUCCAUGCUUCUGCUCCAGUAUGUGCUUCCACUGGGUAUUAUCAGCUAUGCUUAUGUGUGCAUCUGGGUCAAACUUAAGAACCACGUCAGCCCGUCCAACCGCAAUGAUGGCAUCACUCGUCGCAAGAAGACUACCAAGAUGCUGGCACUGGUGGUUGUGGUCUUCGCAGUGUGUUGGCUUCCUUUCCAUGUGUUUCAGUUGGCAAGUGAUCUUGACCUGGUCCUCAAGUUUAAAGAAUACAAGCUUCUGUAUACUCUUUUUCACAUAGUGGCCAUGUGCUCAACAUUCACCAAUCCGUUACUCUAUGGAUGGAUGAACAAGAAUUAUAGGAAUGGCUUCAUCAUGUUCUUCCGCUGUGAACACAAACCUGACACCAUCCAUCCAGAGGGAUCUUUCCGCACUCGAACCCUGCGAGGUUUGAUCUUGUACAACAACGGACAUCCGGCCACUGCUGUCUGAACCCGGCUAAAACUGACAGCACUUUUACAGAUAAAGCUUGGUGUGAACAAUAU